ACCUUUGGUAUAAAUAGUAUUUUUAUUUUUCAGAAUAUCAUAAGUCGAUAGUAAUUGAUCAAGUCAACAAAGAACCUGCCAUCAAUAUGAAUACAAUUACAUUCACUGCCUUCUUCGCGUGUCUGGCUGCAGCCAAUGCAGGAUAUUACAGUCCUUCUGCGGAAAUCAUCCAAGGACCCAGCAGCAAAACCACCUUGAUUGGUCCAGAAGGCAGCAUAAUCUCCGCCUAUGCUCCAGGUGGAAAAAUUUUGCACGAAGAACAUCCUGGAUAUGUCGCUGAGACUGCUCCAGUUCAGGCCUAUGCGGCACAUUCGCCAGUUGUCUCCUACGCAAGUCAUGUUCCAGUUGCUACCUAUGCUGCACAUUCUCCUGUUCUUGCCUCUGCGCCCCUUUCUCUAGCUUACUCAGCGCCUCUGGCUCUUGGUCAUGAAACUCAUCUGAGCAAGUACGGCAGUCAGAUUUCUCAUGGAGGUUAUGCGGCCCCUGUGUCUUCGUAUGCUGCAUAUGCUCCCGUUGUGUCAUCUGAUUAUGGUUAUUAUGGUGGAGAGCAUGGAAUUUACGGUGGAGAACAUGGAGUUUACGGUGGAGAGCACGGACUGUAUCUUUAAACGCUUGUAGCAUUAAGUAUAUUCUAAUGAACAUUUGCUGUUUUAUUCUAAUGUUAAGCUAUUUGUUAAUAAAGUUAUGACUUUCUUUUCUGAGA